AGUAACAAAAGGCAAGAUGUGGGCAUUGUUCAUUGGAGCUUUGAUAAUUAUAAUCAUCACACAUUGGGUUUACCGCUGGAGAAAUCCCAGAUGCGAAGGAAAACUCCCACCAGGUUCUAUGGGCUUGCCACUCCUUGGAGAGACGCUUCAGUUCUUUGCUCCAAACACUACUUCUGAUAUUCCUCCAUUCAUCAAAGAAAGGAUGGAUAGGUUUGGGUCUAUAUUCAGGACAAACUUGGUGGGAAGACCAAUUGUGGUAUCCACUGACCCGGAUCUCAAUUACUUUGUCUUCCAACAAGAAGGACAACUGUUUCAAAGCUGGUACCCAGAAACGUUUACAGAGAUUUUCGGACGACAGAAUGUGGGUUCCUUGCACGGGUUCAUGUACAAGUACCUCAAGAACAUGGUGCUGAAUCUUUUUGGUCCUGAAAGCCUUAAAAAGAUGCUCCCUGAGGUUGAACAGGCAGCGAACAGAAGAUUACACCAGUGGUCAUGUGCGGACACCGUUGAACUAAAAGAUGCAACAGCCAGUAUGAUUUUUGAUCUGACUGCAAAGAAAUUGAUAAGUUAUGAUGCGAAUAAUUCCUCCGAGAAUCUAAGGGAGAACUUCGUUGCAUUCAUUCAGGGAUUGAUCUCCUUCCCUUUGAACGUUCCCGGAACGGCUUUUCACAAAUGUUUGCAGGGUAGGAAAAGGGCAAUGAGGAUGCUUAAGAACAUGUUACGGGAAAGACGGGCAAUGCCCAGGAAUCAGCAAAGUGAUUUUUUUGAUUAUGUCCUCGAAGAGCUUCAAAAAGAAGGAACAAUUCUCACAGAGGCAAUUGCUCUGGAUUUGAUGUUUGUGCUGCUGUUUGCCAGCUUUGAAACAACUUCCCUCGCUAUAACUUUGGCCGUUAAGUUUCUUUCAGAAUACCCUCUGGUAUUGAGACAACUGACGGAAGAGCAGGAGGCAAUUCUUAACCAGCGGGAAAAUGCUGAUUCUGGACUUUCCUGGAAAGAAUACAAAUCAAUGACAUUUACAUUCCAGUUCAUAAAUGAAACAGUUAGACUGGCAAAUAUAGUUCCGGGGAUCUUCCGAAAAGCAUUGAGAGAUAUACAAUUUAAAGGAUAUACAAUUCCAGCAGGUUGGGCGGUUAUGGUGUGUCCCCCAGCUGUACACUUGAACCCAGCAAAAUAUGAAAACCCUGUUGCUUUCAAUCCAUGGAGAUGGGAGGGAGUGGAAUUAAAUGGCGCAUCCAAACAUUUCAUGGCUUUCGGUGGCGGCAUGAGAUUCUGUGUCGGAACAGACUUUACUAAGGUGCAAAUGGCUGUGUUUCUCCAUUGUUUGGUAACAAAGUACAGGUGGAAACCAAUCAGAGGAGGAAAUAUCGUCCGAACUCCUGGCUUGCAAUUUCCUGAAGGCUUUCACAUUCAGCUUGCAAAGAAGGAUGCGAGGAAACAGGAAGAAACAGUAAACAACUCUGCAUAAUCAAAAGGUAAGUAAUGCACAGGCUAGUCAUUUGUGUGGCUAGAGACACCAUGCUAAAGGUUCCAACGUGGCCUCAUAUAUGUCCAUUAAGAUCAUUGGUCUCAAGCUGGCAGAGGAUGUCAGUCAAGAAACAGUCACAGAGUGCAAGUGUGGGGGACAAUUAUAUAGGUCUCUCAUACAACAAUCAUGACGUAGGUUUGCCCAGUAGCACAUGCAUAGUUUUGUGCUUUUAACUUCUCUCGAUGUACAAUUGUGGAAGAGGGAAAAAAAAAAGGUGAAAGAAUAUCAAUAUACAAGAAACUCAU